AUGGGGAACACGAGUGGCAUCGACUGCGCUUUCAGGAAGAAUUGCUGCGCGGGCGCUGUUGACAGGACAGUCGGGUUCGAGUACAUCACUGAAGGUCGUAGCUCGGAUGUGGUGCGCUUGAAUGAGAGCCCAGGCACGCCGACUCGCUGCCUGUCCCUGCCCACAUCUCUUGCAGAUGCACCCAAGCAGUUGCAAGAGUACAGGCUCCGAUUCUACAACUUUAACAUGGGAAACAAUUCGGACUUCCGUUCGGUUGACGAAUUGUCUGGACCAGGAGGACGCGGAGCAUUUUGCGAUGCUCUAUCUGAAGCAUUGGCAGACGGCCGGUCCUUGGACGUAUCCUUCGCCACCUUUGUCGAGACACGUUUGAACUUCACCAACUGGGUGGCGAAGUACACGUCGGGUGACCAGAAGCCACGCUUGGACUCACUCCUAACACAGAGUGCCCGACGCGAGGGAAGUCUCAGUUCGCGGAAUCUCGUCCGAAGCUUCGUGGAAGGCCUCGCUGCCAGCUACAACGGCAACUUGAAAUCCAUGCUGGCCUUCUGCAGUGACGAGUUCAGGGAGGAUAAGUCGGGUGGCCUCUUCGGAAGACUUACGGAAAAGCAGGUUGGAGGAGUCCCCGUGCCCAACCCGAAGAAGGCGUUCAUCGGACGCAGCUUGGUCCUGCCCAGCGCAACUGGGGAAGGCAUCCGCCUCUGCUUCGUCAGCUGUCACUUUCCAAUCACGCAGAUUGCAGCGGCGCUAGAGGAUCCGCUGCAGGACCCGCUGGAAGCAGCGAAGAUCGCCUUGGCAAAGACCCUGCGCAAGGUGCUUCGCAAAGCCCACCAGAGGAGUCUUACUGAUGAGCGUACCAUCAUCUUCGUCCAGGGGGACCUCAAUAGUAGAACUGUUCUUCGGGAGGGAGAGGUGAACGAUGUGCUCUUGGAGCUUCUGGAAGAUGAGUCGCUGCAGUCAGCCAUUCAACAGCAGUUGGAUGACUUGCCUGCCGGUCGAUGGCGCGAAACCGUGUCACACGACAGCGUGCAUGACCUACCUGUAACAUACAAAUUCAGCAACAAGAAGAUGUGCCAAACUGGCAACAGCCCCGCACGGCGGCGUGCGGAGUCCCCCAAAAGCGAGGAGUCCAGUUCAGACCAUGAACAUUAUCUCACCAUAGGUGAUGUGAUGUCCAAGGCGCGGUCACAAGCCGAUCAAGCGGAUUCUGCUCCGGAGUUGACAAAGGUCAAAACCACAAAAACCACAUCCACCACGGCCAGCAGCAAGCGAACCGAGGGUGGUCUUUACAAGAGGACCUUGGCGACUCUCGGACAGGAGUGGCUGGACAACUGGGGAGUUGCCUUUAAGCAGAAAGACUUCCGAUCCUUCAGGUUUCCUUCGUGCGCCGACCGCGUGAUCUACUGGGCUUCGGACGCUCUCUAUGACCGGUUGAGCUGGGAGCUGCCAAGGGGUGGCUACGAGCUCAAUCACUCGCAGCUGGGCAGCGACCAUCGGCCUGUCAGCUUGGAGGUGAUCCUGCGAGUGUCCGAGGAAUCGGUUCGAACCUCCAAGCCCCUCCAACCAGCGCGCAGCUACAUGACGGAGGGCUACCUCUCGGAGCCCGAAGAUACCUCCAUGUCAGAGGCAGAGGAUGGCUUGGACUCCUGCGAGGCCACACCCAGGACGGUUGCAUCUUCACCACCUGCGUUCGGGCACGGAGAAGCGCGAUCGCUCAGCCGCCGCCGCUCGGAAUCGGAUGCCAGUUGCCUGGCCUCAGAUGACGAGUGA